AUGUCCCAACCCGGCCUCAAAACAGCUUACACUACCCUCCUCACCCGCCAACGCCUCACCCCAAAUCCCAGCCAAUUCUCCUUGGUAACCCGCCUCAACACCCUCCAAAAUGACUUGUACAAGCACCAUCUUUCAAAACAAAAUUCAACUUCAAAUUCAUAUGACCAAAUCCCCAUUAAAGGUCUUUACAUUUACGGCUCAGUCGGCACCGGCAAAUCCCGCAUCGCCGAUCUUUUCGCCUCAACCCUCCCGCCAUGCAUCACCCACAGACGCAUGCACUUCUACGAAUUCAUGAUGGACAUCCACUCUCGUCUCCACACCGCACGCUCUUCUCCCACUUUUUCUGGUGAUCCUCUACUGCAAAUCGGACGUGAUGUCCGGUCUGAAAGCCAAGUUUUAUGUUUUGACGAGUUUCAAGUCACGGAUAUAGCCGAUGCAUUGAUUUUGAAGAGACUAUUUGGCGCGAUUUGGGAGGCUGGUGGUGUGAUGGUUAGCACGAGUAACCGGCCUCCGGAGGAUCUGUAUGAGAAGGGACUAAAUAGAGACUUGUUUUUGCCGUUUGUGGGGGAGUUGAGGAAGAAUUGUGAAGUUUGGGAAGUGGAGGGACGGGAGGACUAUAGGAUGAGUGGUGGGAGUGAGGGGCGAGUGGAUGUUUUCUUCACUUCUCAGAAAGACUUUGAAGCGAGUUUAAACGAGGCAAUUGGAGAUAUGGAAUUGCGAGCGAAGGUUAUUCCGGUCAUGAUGAGUAGGAAACUGACGGUCAGGGCUACGAAGUCGAGUGACUUGAAAGGCUUGGUAGUGAGCAGCACUUUUGAGGAUCUAUGUGAGAACUUCUUGGGGUCAGCAGAUUACUAUGCGCUGUGUAAGACAACGAACGUAUUGUACCUCACAGGUCUCCGGAAAUUCGCUUCUGAUGAGCUCGAUUUUGUCCGACGCUUCAUUACGCUCGUAGAUCUGGCUUACGAGACUAAGACUAGGAUAAUAUGUCUGUCAAGCGCACCACUAUUUGAAAUAUUCUCGAACAUCGUACCGAAGAAAUUGUUGGUUGAGGGACAGCUGAAAGAAGAGUUGGGUCGACAGAUGUCAGUGAAAGGAGAGGGGGGCAGUAGCAGUAGCAUGAUGAGCACUUUCAUUGGAGAUAUGGAAUGGUCUGCUACGGGCUUAAGAGAAGCUUCGUUAGCAACUGGUGGAGCCGGCGAGACAGACGUGGGCUUUGCGGUUGGCCGAGCCGUGUCGAGACUUUAUGAGAUGGGAUCGGGAGGCUAUGGUGUUUCUGAUUGA